UGCGGCAAGAUCUUCACACAAAAGACGCAUCUGGAUGUGCAUGGACGGAGUCAUACCGGGUCGAGGCCGUAUGUGUGCGAUGUGCCCGGGUGUGGCAAGCGGUUUUCGCAGCGAGGGAAUCUGCGGACGCACAAGCGGAGUCAUACAGGAGAAAAGCCGUUUGUUUGCGAGCUAUGCAAUAAGCGGUUCGCGCAGCGGGGAAACGUGCGAGCGCAUCUUUUGAUUCAUGAAGAUUACCGGCCAUUUUUGUGCAAGUUGGACGGAUGCACAAAGACGUUUACGCAGCUGGGAAACUUGAAGGCGCAUCAGAACAAGUUCCAC